AUGACUACUGAAAAAGCUCCCAUCACUACCGGAGAACAUAAAGUCGAAUUCGAGGAACAUGAAGAGAUCAAGGUGGAUUCGAUCAACAACUAUGCCGUCUCUCCCUUAGAAAUCCAAGGACGCUUCGAUACGUUGCGCGACUUGAGUGCGACUCAGAUGACAGCAUUGAACAAGCGAGUCUUGAGGAAGAUGGACUGGCGAAUGAUGCCAACCAUCACCAUCAUGUUUCUGAUGUCGUACUUGGACCGAAUCAACGUUUCAAACGCAAGACUUGCCGGACUUCAAGAAGAUCUUCAUAUGUCUGAUACAGUAUGGAGUGCAGGCAUAUCAGCAUUUUAUGUCGGAUACCUUCUGGGACAACUGCCGGGCAAUCUUUGGCUAGCCAAAGCCAAACCAAGUGUAGUGCUUCCUACUAUGAUGCUUGCUUGGAGCGCAUGCACUAUCUGUAUGCCUGCAAUGACUUCGGGAGCUGGUUUCGUCGUUUGUCGAUUCAUGAUCGGGUUAACUGAAGCCCCUUUCUUUCCUGGUAUCACUCUCUUGACUUCCUCGUGGUAUACACGAGAGGAGAACCCGAUGCGCAUGGCGGUAUGGCACGCUGGAAACACCAUCUCAAACAUCAUAUCGGGUUUCCUCGCCGCUGGUAUUCUCGAGCACAUGGGCGGACUUGCAGGACUCGCUUCGUGGCAAUGGUUCUUCAUAAUCGAGGGCGGGGCCUCUAUUCUAGUGGCUAUUGUUGCAUUUUAUACACUUCCCAAUUGGCCAACCAAUACCAAGUGGCUUAAUCAGGAAGAGAGUGAAAUGGCACAAUACCGGAUACUGCUUUCCAAUGGCGGAAAAGACGAGGCAGUUGGCGGUACCUGGGAUGGAGUGAAAGAUGCCGUCAGAGAUCCCUUCACGUGGCUUUUCUGCGGUAUCCACUUCUCACUGGUCAACGCUCAAAGUUUCAAAGACUUCUUUCCGUCGAUUGUCAAAACCUUUGGAUUCGAUAAAAUGACCACUUACCUGGUCCAAGCACCACCUUAUGCAAUCGCCUAUAUCACAGCUUGUCUUGUCGCCUACACAUCGGGUCGGUUUGGCGAAUCAACAUAUCAUAUCAUUAUCCCCAUUGUCGCAAGUGCUAUUGGUACAGCAAUCAUGAUUUCGGUUGAAAAUGUGGGAGCGCGAUACCUAGGAGUAACCUUGCUCAUCAGCGGAACCUAUUCGGGUCUCAAUCUCCAGCUUUCCUGGGAAACCAAUCUCGUUCCCUCUCCAAGAAGCAAGAAAGCGGCAUUGAUUGCUAUAGCCAAUUGUGUUAGUCAAGUCAGUCACUGGUACAGCCCGUAUUUUUUCCCGACCUCUCAAGAGCCAUUCUACAGACUUGGCGGUGGGUUGAUUCUAUUUGGUUGCUUGUCAACAGUCCUCCUGUGUUGGGCUAUCAAGUGGCGUGCUGUCAAAUUGAACAAACAACUAGACGAAGCAGAAGGCUGGUCGGAGCAUUCGGGCAAUGAGAGAGGAUGGCGGUAUGUGUACUAA